AGGUAAGCGCACGAAGGGGCGCGUUCAGAGAAGUCGAUAGCUAACAGUUGUAUAUAUAUAAGCACGCCUCGUCAGGCUCAUUUCGCACUCAUCAGCUCAAGCUAGUUAAUCACUCUCCAUCCUCUCCCGCUUCUGAUCAUAUAUAUCCAUUGCUUCACUACGCACUAAUAUAAAACAACACCGGCCGGGACGAACUCGAUUGGCAGCCAUGUCCCCUUCCAGGACCUGUUCAUGGCUGAUCGUUCUCUCGGUUCUUCUGGUGUGCACUACUGCCAACGGGGACCGUCUAAAGGUUGGCUACUACGACAAGACGUGCCCCGAUGUCCAGCAGAUCGUGCAGUCCGUGAUGGCGUUCAGGGUCGGCCGCGACCAGUCGGUGGCACCCGCUGUGCUCCGCCUCUUCUUCCAUGACUGCUUCGUCGACGGAUGCGACGGCUCCGUCCUCCUGGACGAGACGCCCUUUUUCGAGAGCGAGAAGGACGCCACGCCCAACGCCAACUCGCUCCACGGCUUCGACGUCAUCGACGAGAUCAAGUCUUACGUCGAGCAUGCCUGCCCGGCCACGGUCUCCUGCGCCGACAUCCUCGCGCUCGCCUCCCGCGACGCUGUCGCCCUGCUCGGGGGCCCAUCCUGGAAAGUGCAGCUCGGCCGCAAGGACUCGCGCGUCGCCAACAGGACCGGUGCCGAAUACGGUCUCCCAGCUCCCAACUCCACGCUCGCCGAGCUCAUUAACCUGUUCAAGCAGUACGACCUCGAUGCACGCGACAUGGCGGCGCUCUCCGGCGCCCACACCAUCGGCACGGCGCGGUGCCACCACUACAGGGACCGAGUCUACGGCUACAACGGAGAGGGCGGCGCCGACAUCGAUCCCUCGUUUGCGGAGCUGCGCCGGCAGACAUGCCAGUCCGCUUACGACGCGCCGGCUCCAUUCGACGAGCAGACCCCAAUGCGGUUUGACAACGCAUACUACCGGGACCUGGUAGGGCGGCGCGGCCUCCUCACAUCCGACCAGGCGCUCUACGGCUACGGUGGACCCCUGGACCAUCUGGUGAAAAUGUACAGCACGAACGGCGAGGCGUUCGCCAAGGAUUUCGCCAAGGCAAUUGUGAAGAUGGGUAAAAUACCACCGCCACACGGGAUGCAGGGGGAGAUUAGACUCAGCUGCAGUAAGAUCAACCGGUGAAGAUAUGUAUAUGGAGGUACAUGCAAACCACGGAGCUAAAUUUUGGCAAGUCCCAUACAUAAGUAAAUAAAACUUAUUGUACAUCAAUUGUAAAUGAAUUAUAAUUCUUCCAUUGUAUAUUUUCUUAUUAACCAUGUUGUAUUUUUGCUAUUCAUAGUGCUGAAAUAAACAUUUAUGAACAUGCUGAUUAUUUUGUACUUCAUUAUCUCUAUUAUAAAAGCACCAGUUUCCACGGUU